GAAAUUUUCCAAGUCUUUUUAACGCAGUGUUUUGUAAACAAUGAAAUGGGAUUUGUCACUAUCUAGUGCGACGAUGUCGAAAAAUCACUUGGAGAAAAGUGGGGAUGAUUAAUCGGGGCCUUCAUUACGCAAUUAUCGGAAGCGAUAAGUAAAUCGUCAAUUUCAAUAAACAAAAUAUAAAACCCCUUUACAAGAAGGUCUCGUGAACGAAAAAUAAAGUAGCGCAAUUGUUCCGAGAGAGGAAGUACGUAUUUUUCUACGUCCUACUUUGUUUCGUGUGUUUCAACUACCAAAUACACAUUGGCGAGUGCAGAUGAUUCGGCGCGAAGCGUUUCUCGAUAUUUAUUACGUCCCACAUAAUAUUUAUGAUGUUUCGUGAUUGUCUUAACUACACCGGGCAAAAAAUAUGAAUUCCUUGCGUUUGGAGGUGAGCGAUCCGGGAAGCAUUUUAUUGCUUCUGCAAGAUCUCGCUGAUCUUCCUUGCACUUUGGUGCAGCAGAAGCUGAAUAAAUAUUUUCAAAACGUUACUGGUGCAAAAGUAGCAUUUUUGGCGCCGAUUUUAUUUGAAACCGAAGAAAUGGUCAUUCACGUGGUUGGAGAAAAAAUUCUGGAUCGAGAAUUGAGAUUUCCGGUGAGCUUGCAGGUGAUAAAUCAUGCAUUGCACAGAGCCGUGAAACAACGAAAAUCCAUGGCACAAAAUAUCACAGAACUUGACCAAGAAUUAUUACAACAUCUUCGUUCGGUUGUAGAUGUAGCGCCUAAUUUAUUUCUUAGCAUUCCGAUUCAACAUCCCAUCAAAGAUCACAUUGCAUUAGUCGUAUGUCUUGUCGACUAUGAUAAUAAAGAAGAUGCCGAGCACAAUUGCACAAAAAUGGUGCAAGAGUGUUUCAGAUACUGCCUCGGAUUACUUUUAAGUACAUUGCGUUGUCAGGAAGAAGCGCGAUUGAAGAUUCAGUGUCAAAAUUUAUUGGCAGUUUCUCGAAAGCUUUUCAUGCGAUUAGGAGAUUUAUCAGACCUAUUACGAGAAAUAAUGGCCGAGGCUAGAAAGUUAACGAAUGCCGAACGUUGUUCUUUGUUUCUCUUGGAUACUGAACAACAAGACUUAGUGGCUAAAGUAUUCGAUGGAGUUGUCACUGGUGAAACAGUGAAGGAAAUGCGAAUUUCCCUGAAUCAGGGAAUUGCCGGUCAUGUCGCGACGUCAGGGAAAUUACUCAAUAUCCGAAACGCAUAUAGUCACCCUCUAUUUUAUCGAGGAAUUGACGAUGUAACUGGUUUUAAGACGAGAAAUAUUCUCUGUUUCCCUAUUCGAGAUGAGGAAAGAAUAAUAGGAGUAGCUCAACUGUGCAAUAAAAUGGAUGGUUUAUAUUUUGAUGUAUUUGACGAAGAGGUUGCGACAGCUUUUAGCAUUUACUGUGGCAUUUCAAUAAUGCACAGCAUCGUUUAUAAAAAAAUUCAAGACGCUCAAGCUAGGAAUAAGCUCAGCAAUGAACUUAUGAUGUAUCACAUGCAGGUAGAAGACGAAGCGGUUCAAGCGCUGCUAAAUUGUAGGGACGAUCAUAAUAUCAAGGACUUUGACCAAUUUCAUUUUAGUCCUCGAAAUAUACCAUAUCGACACAUGCCGUGUUACGUGCUCAAAAUGUUCAGGGACCUAGGUUUUAUUGACCAUUGGAAAAUUAAGAGAACUACCCUCGCAAGGUUUAUUCUUUAUGUGAAGAAAGGAUAUAGAGACGCUCCAUAUCAUAAUUGGGUGCACGCAUUUUCCGUCGCUCAUUUUGCAUAUUUAAUGAUAAAAAAUCUCGAAUUAAUUGGCGAUCUUUAUAUGUCGCAUUUACAGGCACUUGUUUUUCUUGUCUCUUGUUUGUGUCACGACAUUGAUCACAGAGGGACAAAUAAUUCAUUCCAAACAAAAUGUGGAACAGUUCUUGCUAGUCUUUAUAGUUCCGAGGGAUCAGUAAUGGAGAGGCAUCAUUUAGCUCAAUCGAUGUGUAUUUUAAAUACCGAGGGAUGCAAUAUAUUUGAGAGUCUCACGAGUGAGGAAUAUAGUGAAGCUUUAGAUUUAUUGAGAAAUAAUAUUCUUGCUACUGAUUUGGCUUCUCAUUUUCGAAAUGUUGAUAAGCAACAAAUUAUUAUCAGUAAAGGAUAUGAGAAGAACAAUUUGGAUCAUCGAAAACAACUUCAUGCAAUGUUCAUGACAUGUUGUGAUCUUAGUGAUCAAACGAAAACAUGGAAAGUCUCCAAAAAAACGGCUGAGCAAAUAUACGACGAGUUCUUUUCUCAAGGAGAUUUGGAGAAAAGCAUGGGAACAGCACCUAUUGAAAUGAUGGACAGAGAACGUGCCUCGAUUCCAGACCUUCAAGUGCAAUUUAUCACGAAUCUCGUCCUUCCCUUAUUUACAAAUUUGGCAACACUAUUUCCAUUGACACAACAACUUGUUAAUGUAAUAAAAGAUAAUCGUGAGGUGUGGAAAUUAGUGAAAUCCCUUUUUCAAAAAUACAGCCAAAAGGGAACGACGGGUAUGGAUAUUUUACUCGAUCCUCGAUUGGAUGAGGAAAUUGAUAAGACAUUUAAUUCCCUCGUUGAUAAUUCCGAGGAAAAUUCAUCACAGGAAACAUCAGAUAAUAUUGAAACAACGCCCAAAUCAAAUGAAUAGGCUAAACUUUUUUUUUUUGUUAGACAACAAAGCGACUCAAGGCUUCGUACUUAAGACGAUUUUGUGCUUUUAGUGUUCAUUGGAAAAAUGAAAAAAAAAAGAAAGACUGCAGUAGCCGAUGAGAGCAUUCUAUUUAAAAAAAAAAAAAAAUGCUCGAUUGGUGAAUUCUCUAGUUUUCUACAUUGUAAGCGCGUACCAAUUUUUCAAAUCAUUAGCAAACAAAAUGUGUGAUUGAGUAUUGUUCGAUACAAGAUUUUUAAUUUACCCAAAAAAAAAAAAAAAGUGGGGCGCGCUUUUUUUUAGAACGCGGGCGUUCUUUAACUUUGAUGGGAAAAAAAAAGUUCUCUCGACUUAAAAAUUUCUAUCAAUUGUACCAAUUUUCUAUAAAAUUGAGAGGCUUCACAAAAAAGGGAAGAAGAGAAAAAAAUAUCAUUUUAGAGAGACGAAAAACAGUAUUAACUCCUGAUAUUAGAUCAGGAAAUAUCUUGCAAUAUAUUUAUAUUUGAAACAAAAAAAAAAAAAAUUUAUAAUUAGACAAUAACGUAAUUGAGCCAGACAAUAGAAUUUGUAAACUAGCUCAAUAGUGUUUUAGAAAGUCAAUCGAGUCAGCGGCGAAACUGCUUGUUGAAGAAUUUAAUUCCCUAUUUAAAAAAAAAAAUCCACUGCUAUAUUAAGUGAAUGUUAUUUUUAAAAUUCUUAGUUUUGAAAAAACUAGGAAACAUGCAUUUUUUUAUAUUUGAAAACAAAAAAAUGAUUAAACAAUUCCAAUGAAUUAUCUAUAUAUAUAUAUAUACAAUUAUUCAUUGUGAAUAAAUCUUCAGUGAAUUUAUCAAUAAUGUAUUUAAAAAUACAUAUUUUAGAAUUCUGUUUUUAAAUUUUUAAUUUAAAAAAUUAAAAAUCUUAAUUUAUUUUGCUAGAUUAGUAAAGAUUUUUUUUCUUUUCUUUAUUUGAAAAUUGUUUAAUUGUGUUAUAUAUGUUGUUUAAAAGGACGAAAGUCUGUUUUUAAAUGUGAGUGUAUAUUUUUAUAAUAAGGAAAAAAAAAUAAUUAAUGGCCAUUAUGGUAGACCAUUGUAAUUGUUAUUGUUAUAAAGCAGUUUAUUUACCACGGUCUUCUUUAAUAGUUUAUUGUUACUCUGUAUUUAUUUCUAUUGUUACAGUUCUUCCAUUUAUUACUAUAUUAUCCCAAAAUAGUGAUAAUUGGCAUAAAAAAAAAAAAAAGAAAAAAAAGAAGAAAAAAGGAAAAUAAAUAUUGGCUUUGUACCGCUUUCACUGAA